AUGUAUUGGCCCGUCGCGACUCCCCGAAUCUAUGCAACCUCCAGCCAAGCUCCCUAUCGCCCGAAAGCCGACCUUUCCAACGAUGGCAUCGACGCCGCCCCGGCUGCCGACACCGCCUCGCUUCUGACCCUCGACUCUGCAGCCUCGGCCCCGAACCCCGCCGAUGAGAAUCCCGGCGAAUCUGCGUCCGAACUGCCCACGCCGGCCACGCCCGCGCUCUUCUCCCCCAGGACCCCCAGGACCCCCGGCAUCAACUCGGUCGAGCAUGACUACAUGAACCAUGGAAGCGGGCUGAGCUCCCAAGAAAGCCUCGGGGGGUCCCAACAGGUGGCCAUCCCCUCCGGGGAGCCGAUUGUGUCCCUGAAGGUCUCGAGGACUGGCCAUCUGUUUGCUACCAUCACGGCGACGACCAUGACGGUGUGGCAGACCAAGCCGACCGUCAUCCUCGCCGUUGUCGUGCGCUCCCAAGCUUCUGUGCGGUCGUACGGCACCAACCUUGCCCUGCUCCUGCGCCCCGACUCGGCGAUCUUCGUCGUGCAGACCAGCCUCGGCUAUCUGAUCACGUACUCUCUGGCCACGGAUGCCGAGUCUCGCGUCUACAAACCCCAUUUCUCGGACCACACGAAUAUCCAACGGCGGCGGCAGAGCCAUUUUGGAGGCCCCGGAAACUCCUCGCCCGACCAGAUCUUUCUGGGCGCCGGUGAAGGCUCUGGCGUUCGCGAUAUUAGUGUGCGCUUCAGGAGAGUGAUCAAAGUGGAUGCUGGCAUUGAGCAUGUCCUAGCUCUGGAUGACGAGUUGGUAGUAGCGACGCGCAAACCGGCAGCUGUCCAGUGCAUUCGCUGGACUCCAGAUAGCACAGGCAGCCAGACCAGCACCGAGCUCGUGAGCCGCAUGGGCUGGCUGGAGAAGAAGAUAUCGAUCAAGGAGAUGACGCAUGAUCGACCUAUGAACCUCUCCACCUGGAUCACGAGCGACGGGAAGGCCUAUGCCAUCCAACGUACGUCGGCCACCCAGGGGCCAUCACAAGACGAGGAGGCCGGUCCCAAGAGACUCUUCAAAGGAUACUGCUUUCACGUUCCGGAAGGGGAGAGCACUCGCGCAGUCAAAGCUGUAGUCAAUGCUAGGUUUUCGCUGAUUGCUGUUGGUUGCGCCGACGGCAGCAUCCAUGUCUAUUCCGUGAAGGACUAUUCCGGCAACAUCCCGGCAUCUCACAUCCACAAAAACCCAGUAUCGUCAAAGUCUUCUGGCCAGCUGACGACGAUAACUUACUCGCCUGACGGCUACUGCCUCUUUGCCGGUUACGAAGAAGGGUGGGCUACCUGGAGCGUAUUUGGCAAAGCAGCCAGCACGAGUUUUGGCGCAAAUUCCUCUGUGAGCGCUAACAACAAGGAAGACUGGUUGACGGGCGUGGCGGAAGCCUGUUGGAUAGGAGGUGCCUGCGAAGUCCUUCUUCUUGGUCGCCAAAGUGAAUCAAUCUGGUUAUUGGAGAUGGCGCGGAGUGCUGUCACGGGCUGCUACAACCCCCCCAACUUGUUCCGGACCGUUCUACAGAGCUCGUCCAGUGUCAUGGUAUAUAGGGGCUACGACCUGCCCGACUUGACCAGCAUCUCUGCGGAACCAUUCUUGUGGCACACCGCUAGGAUCCCAUCCAGCUAUCUGCUGAACCAGUGGCCUGUCAGGUGUACAGUCGUUUCCGCCGACGGCAGAUAUGUCGCUAUAGCGGGGAGGCGUGGCCUAGCACAUUACAGCAUAAAUAGCGGCAGGUGGAAAACGUUUGGCAGUGAGGCGGCAGAGAAUGAGUUUUCCGUCCGCGGUGGAAUGUGUUGGUACCAGCAUAUCCUGGUGGCAGCCGUUGAGGCAAACAGAUCCUACGAGCUUCGCCUCUACUCCAGGGAGGCGGCACUCGACAGCGGCACUGCCAUGUUCACACAAACGUUACCAGCCCCGGUUGUCCUCAUAACCCCUUCUGGAGAGGAUUCGCUACUUGUCUACACUUACGACAACCUGCUUUACCACUUUGUCUUUGCCCCAGUGGGCAAUGCUGUGCGGCCCAUCCAGGUCGGACAGAUUGCAUUCCACGGUAUAGUCAGGUCCCCUGCCAGAGUCCGAGGGCUUAGCUGGAUUUUACCGGAGAGCCAGUUGGUGGAUGGCGACCCGUCUCAGGAUGUGGCGGUUGCGUCUGUUCUGUUUCUGGUGGACGGCAAGCUCGUUCUUCUCCAGCCAUCGCUCAAUAGCGAGGGCCACCUGAAGUAUGACAUGCGGGUUAUCUCUCAGAACGUGGAAUACUACAUCAGCAUGAGGGAUCAAUCGGCGGUGCACAUGCUGGGCGAAAACCACGGUCAUUUUACUGGUGAUGCUGAGGAAGCACCCCUCAAGAAUUCGCUGUGGAUCUUCGAGGGACAUGACCUCAAGGCAUGGCCAGACGUGAACGAGGUCCUGCGGGCGGCAACGGAGUCCACGAAGGAGUUGCCCCCUACGGCAAACAUGCCGCUCGACUUCUACCCCUUAUCCAUACUUCUCGGCAAGGGAAUCGUGUUGGGUGUCGAGCCAGAUCUGGUGCAGCGGAGAGAUAUCAGCUUCUCUUUUUUCCGCUUCUCUAUCAGGACGCACCUCUAUCUUCCUGAGAUACUGCGCUUCCACCUUGCAACGAAUAACUCCCUUGCAGCGCUCAAGCUGGCGCAGACCUACCAAGACCUUGAGUAUUUUGCACACGGCCUCGAGAUUCUGCUGCACCACGUGCUGGACGAAGAGGUCGACUCGGCGCCUGCACCCGAAGCAGCACUUCUACCGCGGGUGUUGUCUCUGCUGUCAUCAUUCAAACAGUAUCUGGACAUAGUCGUCCAAUGUACGAGAAAAACAGAAGUCAGGUCCUGGAGGACCCUCUUCGCAUACCUUCCGCCGCCGCAGGAGUUGUUCGAGGAAUCGCUGCAACGCGGCUCGCUGAAGACGGCGGGCGGGUACCUACUGAUAUUACACACCUUCGACGAGCUUCACACGGCGUCUGAGCAAUCCGUGCGCCUCUUCUCCCGUGCGAUACGGGAAGAGGACUGGGAGCUGUGCAAGGAGCUGGCGCGGUUCCUGGCGGCCAUGGACGAGAGCGGGGAGACGCUGCGCGAGGCAAUGGAACUGGUGAACCUGCGGGUCAAGCAGGACAGGGACGAGGGCGCGGACCUGAUGUCGAGGCUGGAGGUGCCUUCCCGCAGGUUCAAUGGCGCGUCCCGGCGAGACUCGGACACGGGCUCGGACACUCCGUCGGCAAGCGACGCGAGCAGCUACGGCACGGUGAGCCCGGCGUGA